GGACCCUCGACUGUCCGUCUCAACCUUGUUAUUUGAGAUUCAAUCACCCUUGACAGCCCGACAUUAUCCAAUGGCGCCCGGAUGAUUGUACCCGCUGGGAUAUUCCAGGCUUUGACACGGGCCCGUGGUCAUUCCCACAGACCCCCUCCGCAUCCUACUUCGUACCUUGGACAGCCUGGAACGACGCCUUGAAUUCUUACCCCAGUCCAGUCCAAAAGAUCCUUCGUUUAGGCCGAGCCGCUCUCUGUUCUGAGGUCGCACAAAGUCUUGUCUUCUCGUCGCCUGUAUUGUCCCUCACGCAAGUCCAAAUUUGCCUCGACGAUGCUUUGCAUGCGCCAGAUAGGGUUUUUACGAGAACCAACGGCGGCUGCAAGACUUCCGUGAAUGCUUGCCCGUCUAGACACCACCAAGCCGACCGAUAUGGCUCCCGACGGCUAUCGCGAAGGCGCGCGGGAGCGUGAGAUGCACAGAUAUUACCAACCGUGGCUAGACACCUUUAUGUCUACCAGAGACCUCCAUCCAGUCGCUCAGCUUCCCCCCGAGAAAACCUAUAGACCUCGAUCAUCUCGAGACAAGGCAUUGACAGCAUUUGCGCAGUUAGGAUGUCUUCGCCUACGUGCGAAAAGAGGGAUUGUGACGCUAUUGGAUGCUAAGAAACAGUACAUCAUCGCUGAAGCAACACAGUCAUUGUCGCUUCUGUCUGAUUCGCAACAUGCGACAGGUGAUGAACUGUGGUUUGGUAACUCCUUCAUCCAACGAGAUAGCGGCGUGUCGGGUGAUGCCAUGUUCCCAGAUACUUACACUGCGCAUGGACCCAAUGGGUAUACCUACAGCGCUCCCGCCUUGGUUAUAGGGGAUAUGACGAAGCACGAGAAGUACUGGACUCGUGGCUAUGCUGGUAAUGGAGUCUCUUUCUAUUGUGGAGUGCCCAUUACGACAAGGCAGGGCUAUGUGAUUGGGGUCUACACGGUUUCGGACGAUGAGCCCCGCGAUCGCCUUCAGGCUGAUGAGUUGAGGUUUAUGGUCGAUAUGGCCGUCAUCGUUGCCCAGCAUCUCGAGACUGUCAAAGGUGACCAAGCUAGAGUACGAGGAGAACGACUGAUCCAGGGGAUUGGAACAUUCAUCGUGGGACCUGCUAGCGAUGGCAACAAACAACCUGGUCCCAAUUUUGCUCCUCAACAGCCAUCUGCCUUCACUUCUUCCGAGACUAAGACUGGUCUAGAUGAUGUCAAGGAGCCAGUGCCAGACGAAUCUGAUAAGCCAAGUAAGUUCAAAGGCAUGGUUAUAGGUGACGCAAAUGAAGCUUCAGAAGAGCGCAAGCACCAGAUGGGACAGGCUGUGCAAUCAGAAGUUCAAAAUCAUUUCAUCGAUACCCCUGAGGCUCCAAAAAACUCAAUUCCAGCCGCACACAAUGGAGAGCAGAAGGUCGACAAGAACUCUCGUCAAAGGCGUCCCAGCGGACCCCCAAGGGCCAAAUCAGGAACUGGGAAGACUAUGACGGAUGCCCAAGAUGCGUUUGAUCGAGCGGCGUCAAUUCUUCGCGACUGUAUCAAGGCUGAUGGUGUUGUUUUCCUGGAUGCCAGCUCCGCGAACCUCAGCUCCGGCUCGGCUAUGAAUGAUUCUGAGCCCGGUGUUCAUACUAUGCAACACACCAGGAACAAAGGCAGACGCUUGAUCGAGCUGAAGGAGGGUAUCGAGCCACAAAUUCCCUUUGGGCCUGAGCCAAACGGGGUCAUCGGUCUCCACGACGACAGCGACUCCAACUCUUCUACGACGGCACGAAGCGCUAGCGACUCUUCCACCACGACGCCCAAGAAAGACUUCUGUGAUGUAUUGGGUGUAUCUGUCUCCAAGCCAACCAAGGCCCUGAACAUUACCUUACAAAGGAUAAGUCGAUUCGUUCGCCAUCAUCCGACAGGAAAAUGUUUCGUCUUCGAUAGCCAUGGCCGGCCUGCCUCAAGUGACGACAGUUCUGGUUCUGGCCUCCCCUCAGAUGAAAACAGCCUACAACCUGUGAACACUCCUUCUUCGACAGCAGUAAGGCAGGUCAGCACCACCAGAGCGCUGGCGAAGGUCUUGCCGGACGCACGAAACAUCGUCUUCCUUCCGCUUUGGGAUUACGCCAAGGACAGAUGGCAUGCAGCAGUCGUUCUUUGGUCGAAUGACCCACACACACUCACCAACAUUCAAGACGACAUGGCGUACCUCGUGGCAUUCAACAAUGCAGUCAUCAACGAGAUCAACCGCAUCAAUCUGGCUCUCUCUGACACUGCGAAAGCAACAUUUCUUGCAAACAUCUCGCAUGAACUACGGUCGCCGUUACAUGGUAUCCUUGGAAGCAUUGAAUUUCUUCACGACACGGCAAUGGACGACUUUCAGGCUGGUAUGGUGAUCUCGGUAGAAACCUGUGGCAAGACCUUGCUCGACACAGUGAAUCACGUUCUUGAUUAUGCCAAAAUAAACAAUCUUUCAGGUCGUACUUCACGAAAGACCGGCUCAACACGGAAUCAAGGGUAUCAACAAGCCACGAAUUCUGAUGACAGUCUGACGGUGGAUUUCGAUAUGGCAUUGAUUGUAGAAGAGGCAGUGGAAGCGGUCUAUGCUGGCCAAGUAUUUCGCACCGCCAAUGGUGACGCUCUCCAAGGCAAAGGCCCCACCCAGUCUGCUGCUGGACGGGCAAUGGAAAAGAGGCAAGAUGCCAGAUCCAACAUCAGUGAAGCGUCAGCAAUUGCCUCUAACAAGGUUCGCCUUACGCUCAACAUCGACGACCACACGAAUUGGAAUGUGAGAUCCCAACCAGGAGCAGUGCGACGUCUUGUUAUGAAUAUUCUAGGAAAUGCUUUGAAAUAUACCAGUGAAGGGAGCAUUGAUGUUUCGCUAGAGAUUGACCGCAGCCGCAAGAAGCGCCACUCACAUGUUCAUGCCCUUUUGAGAGUCACUGAUACAGGCAGGGGCAUGUCGGGUGAUUUCAUGAAGAAUCAUGCCUUUACUGCAUUCGCUCAGGAAGACUCGCUGGCAACUGGGACAGGCCUCGGUUUGAGCAUCGUUCGACAAAUCGUGGACGCUCUUGGGGGCAAGAUUGAUCUUGCAAGUGAGAAAGACAGAGGAACUGAGAUCAGCACCUGGCUGAGCCUUCCGCGAAGCCAAGCAGCCCCUCCGCAAGAUUUUGAGAAGAACAUCAUGACUGAGAUGCGCUCGCGAACGAAAGGUCUUGAUAUAUCACUCCUGUUGCCGCAGUUGGAAAAACAAAACAACGGUUCUCAAGUCCAGCCUCUGCGUGAAAUGCCUUCGGUCGAAAGCUCCAUGCGCAAUUUGUUGUCUCAGUGGUUCAGCAUGAAAGUCACGACGGAUGAUAGCAUGGAGGGGCGCUCGCCGCACUUCUUUCUCUACCCCGAGCCGCCUCCGAUCGACUUUCUCAUGCACAAUCACGGUAAGCCCAACGCCGAAAGAGAGAUACCAGUCAUCGUUUUGUGUACGAACGCAUUCGAGGCUGCCAGUCUAAGGACUCAUGGCCUGCAUCGACUCACCGACAUAGGACGAAUAAUUGAAAUCAUAUCUCAACCCUGCGGUCCACACAAGCUUGCCAAAGUCCUUCACCGAUGCAUGCAACGAAUGGACCUGCUCCAAGACCAGGGUCGUUCGAAAUCAUGGGAGCAUGUGUCAUUGUCUUUGAAUCGCAAAAAGGAUAAGAGCUCUCGCAUGUUUUCUCGUGAUGCGAAUCUGUCGCAGGGCGAGUCUGAUGAUGAACUGGACGGGGUUGAGGGCUUCUCGAAGAGUAGAGACAAUAGCAGAGUCUCUUUAUCGUCGCAGAAACCUGCUCAACAAGAGUUCGAGUCCUCCGAAUCUAUAGAUCCAGCUGUUGCUUCCGCCGAACACGUCCAAGGAAACGAUUUCGCCGACAAGUCAAAAUCUACGGGCGAGGAAAAGAACGCGAACUCAUCGCAAAUGGAUGGAAAGGCUGAAGGCCAGGUUUCCCCCAAAGCGAACGAUGUACCGGUAGAUCAAAGACCUCGAGUACUUGUGGUUGAUGACAACCAUAUCAAUCUACACCUUCUUAUAACGUUCGUUAGGAAGACGAACCAUCCCCACGAAUCAGCUACUGACGGACUCAAGGCCCUUGAGGCAUAUGAACGAAGUGUGCUCGAGGAGAAGAACGGCUUCAAAUAUAUCCUUAUGGAUAUUUCAAUGCCGGUCAUGAACGGCAUUGUUUCUACUCGAGAGAUCCGCCAGUUUGAAAAGGAGAACAACAUCAGGGAUCCAGUGGAGAUUAUCGCACUGACAGGCUUGGGGAGUGAAAGUGCGCAAAAUGAAGCUUACCAAGCUGGCUUUGAUCAUUUUUUGAGUAAGCCAAUUGUGAGUAGUCCAUCGCUCUGAUCCUGAAACCCCCCUCCCUCCCCCUGUCGAGUACCUUUAUCAGGCGAGAAACACAAUACUAACAUCUCUUGUUUUUAAGAAAUUCAAGGACCUGCAAAAACUCCUCCGGUAAGGAGAUAUGCAACAAGGGAAAGUUGUUUUUGUCUUGCAAUAGGAAAGCGAUGGAGUUUCAAGGCAUGAGGAUCACUUUACAGCGAGUCUGCGCGGCUUACUCUGGGUUUUGCUUUUUCCUACUCUACUCGACUCUUCUACCCGUCGCCAUGGCUACGAAUAGCUACCUACCUAGCCUAUCUCGGCGUUUUGAUGACUUGAAAUGAGAGGUGCAUCUGCGAAAUAUGGGUGGAUUUCUCGCUUUGGCUCCAUCUGGCCCGGCUCUGUCCCCAUGCGCCCCCGUCUCGGGUAGACACCGAGGAGAAGUGCAUGGAUCUUGGACAUGAUGAAUGAGGUUUUCAUUUUUAUGUACCUGACGUACACUUAAGUCAUACGUAUCUGCGCAAGUAUAAGUACCUAGGUAUAGCCGCUUAAUGCAUUG